AUGGCUUUCGCAUCCUUGAACCCUGCGCCGAGCGAAACGCUCUUUGUUACCGGCCUCCCCAUGGACUGCACGAACGAGUUUGCCACAGAGAUCUUUGGCCAGUAUGGCACGGUGAAGACUGUGACGGUCCUCCCAGUCUCGCCAGGCAAGACCACAGCAGCAGCUUUCGUGAUCAUGACGAACUUAGAAGACGCACAGUGGAUCGUCGACCACGUGAACGGAAACGUCCCGCAGAAUUUGACAAGCCCGGUCGCCGUGGUCUAUGCCACGCCGAAGGACAAAGGUGCCGGCAAGGGCAUGAUGAAGGGGAUGUCGAUGAUGAAGGGAGCGAUGGCCAGCGCCAUGAGCCCCAUGAGCAUGGGUGCCCCCAUGGGAGGAAUGGGUGGCAAGGAUUCCUUCAAAGGCGGCUACGGCAAGGGUGUACCACAAGAGGUCAAGAAGUACAAGACGAUCAUGUGCCGCUUCUUUGAGGCCAACGGCUCUUGCCAGCGAGGCGACGCGUGCUCCUACGCGCACGGUGCAUGGGAGCUGAACAGUGCGGGCAGUGGAGCUGCCAUGGCAGCUGCCAUGAGCGCCAUGGGCAAAGGCACCUUCACUCCAGGGGCAAAGGGAGGCUCAGGCGGCAAGGGCAUGAUGGGGAUGUCUAACGGCACAAGCACCAUGAAUGGCCUCGGAGCAGAUUCUCUUGGAGCAGACUCUCUCGGAGCAAGCUCUCUCGGAGCAAGCUCUCUCGGAGCGAGCUCUCUCGGAGCGAGCUCUCUUGGAGCAAGCUCGUUUGGAGCAGACUCUCUGGGGGCGAACCCUCUUGGAGCAAGCUCUUUUGGAGCAGGCUCUUUUGGAGCAGGCUCUUUGGGAGGCGGCUCUUUUGGGAAAGGCAAGGGGGGCUCAACCUUGGACCCGGCUACGCGGUUCAAAACGGUGAUGUGCACCUUCUUCUUGGCGGGCACCUGCACGAGAGGUGAAGCCUGCACCUUUGCCCAUGGGGCCCACGAGCUGCAGCAGAGGAAGUGA